AUGUCUAGCCCUAAGGCCGACGAAGUUUUGUUUGCCUACAUAGCGGUAGCCCCUCACGCUGUGAGCUUAGUGUUAAUACGAGUUGACAACGGCGUACAGCGGCCAGUUUACUAUGUAAGUAAAUCAUUACAUAAGGCCGAGGUGCGUUACUUACCAUUGGAGAAGGCAAUUCUCGCAGUAGUGCAUGCCACACGAAAAUUCCCCCACUAUUUCCAAGCACACACUGUCGUUGUCUUGAAUCAACUUCCCCUCAAGUCGGUGCUCCGGAGCACCGAUUACAUAGGAAGAAUUGCCAUGUGGAGCACGCUCCUAGGGGCUUUCGAUAUUAAAUACAUGCCUCGGACCUCUGUCAAGGGCCAAGUUCUCGCUGAUUUAAUAGCCGAAUUUGCUAAACCCCCGGUAGAAGAAGUAGCAGAGGAGGAAAACAUGGAUGGAAAAUCGGUUGGCACAAUCUCUGCACAAGGAGCCUCACGGUGGAAAGUCUACGUUGAUGGCGCCGCAAACCAAAGGGGAUCAGGGGUAGGGCUAGUUCUAAUAUCCCCUAAGAAGAUUACCAUUGAAAAUUCAUUAAGGCUCGGGUCCUUGGCUACAAACAAUGAAGCCGAGUAUGAGGCUUUGUUGCAAGAAAUGACCAUGGUGCAAAAAAUGGGGGAAAAGGCAAUAAAAGUGUUCUCGGAUUCCAGACUGGUUGUAGGCCAGGUGAAGGGCGAGGUAGAGGCCAAGGAUGUGAGAAUGCAGGAACAUCUCGAUCAAGUCAAACGCUUGCAAUCAGACUUUGAAUUUUUCAACUUGAUGCAUAUCUCUAGAAGCGGGAACACACAUGCGGAUUCAUUGGCCACUCUCGCCACAUCCUCGGAACAGGAUCUAUCUCAAAUCAUCCUUGUCGAGGAUUUAUGCAAGGCAGAUGUAAUCAAAAAGGAUAUGGCCCGAAUCCAUCAGGUCAGAGUGAGUCCGAGCUUGAUGGAUCCCAUAGUGAGUUUUCUCAAAGAUGAUGUAUUGCCCGAGGAGAAAUCGAAAGCCAAGAAAGUACGAAGAAAAGCUCCUCGAUUCUGGUUGUCAAGGGAUCACAAACUAUACAAGCGCUCCUAUUCUGGGCCAUAUUUAUUAUACGUACACCUAGAAGCAUCAGAGAUGUUACUCGAAGAACUGCAUGAAGGAAUUUGUGGGAGCCACAUAGGAAGAAGAUCGCUAGUACACAGAGCCCUCACUCAAAGAUACUGA